AGCCUAGGCCGCACGCACUUGCUAAGCCGCAGAUAAGGCUUCCAUGACGCUGUUCGAUCCUUCUGCUCUAUACUCCUCGACUCCUCGACUGCCUCAACCCACGGCACAGAAACCGCCUCUGUCUGCUCCACCGUCUUUGUUUAAUAAUCCCGACUUGCGCGCUCACUCAGCCCCCAGCCUGCCCGCUUACCACUCGUUGACACAGCGUCCACUGCGGCUUACCCAGGACCGGCCUCCCCCCGUUGACCCUCCAAACAAGAGCUCGAAUGGCCGAACCCGACUACGGUGCGGCUUCAUGGGCUCAUCUCACCACUGGCUCCGGACACCAAGCUGCAGAGCUGGCUGCCCCGCUUCUGUCUGCACAUGCACCCUUCCAACAACAGCUGCCGCCUCUAUAUGGAAGCCUAUAUCUGCCCAUGAACAGCCACCCAAUCUCGCAGAAUCGCAGCGUACCCGAUGGCCCAGGUAGCACCCAGCUACAGGAUCGCUCGCCCUACCCGCCCGCGGGCACUCGUUAUCCCUACUACCACCCGCACAUGUUCUCAUAUCAAUUUACCGGUCCUCCAAGGCCACCGCCAGCUUUCUGGAACGGCCCUGAACAUCUGCAUCCAGACCAGCCCUUCUCAAACACUAGUAACACAAUGCAAGGCUUCCAGCCCAUUCCCACGCCAGGAACGUCAGCCCAGCACUACCAGUCGACAGCGGCCCUGAAUGCGCCUGGGCCGUCGUUUGCCCGCCGCCGCUACGACCAGAGGAAUGUUGUCGAGGGGCUCGCACGCAACUCUCACGCGGGAGGCAUGCGCACCCCCCACCAAAGCACUCGAGAUUCAGCGCCCGGGGAGCGGCUACAGAGCACUAGACUGCAGCCCCACGAACACCGUCAGCCGAACGAUCAAACCCGCCCUGCCUCAGGAUACCGUCCGUGGAUGUCGCCUGGAGACCACAGUCGCCGUUCAGAUCGCAGCAUCUCUCCGCGGACCUCGAACCGCCGCAAUUUCGAAAGGUACUCUGUAGAUCUUUCGCCUUCGAGCACGUCGUCUGACGCAGAAGAGGCGGCCGCCAGAGCGCCACCCCCGAGUCGCAUGAGGCACCGACCAAGAGAAGUGCGGCCUCGAUUUGCGGGGUACCGCCCGCAUAUUGAUCCCAACAUUGCCACGCCACGACAGAUCCAGGAACUUAAAGAUGGCCUCGUGCGGCGUCUGCCAAGCGAGCUGCCCGAGGAUGCGUCCAAGGCGUGUGAUAUCUGCCAGAAGGAUUAUUCGGCCUCGCAUGUCUCGCCUACAGAAGACGAGGAGAAUGCAAUCGUGCUUUCGUGCGGACACUUGUUUGGCGAGUUCUGCAUCUUCCAAUGGUUCGAUACGUGCAGAACCCACAAAAACAAAGUCACAUGUCCCAUGUGUCGAAAGCAGCUCAUUGAGACACCACGGCAUCUGCAGGCCAUGAUGCACACGUUUCCUCGCAACGGUCAAGCCUUUGUGGAUCUGCUGGCGCGCGAGCAACUACUAAUUAAUGGAAUACCACGUGACUUUCACAAUCUGUAAAGGGCUCACUGGGCGACGACAAUGUCUUUGGGGGGGCAGACGAGGGGCAGGGAAUAAGCAAGGCAAGACAAAGGGCACUGCAUAUAUUGCCUCGACGUCUGGCGGUGGCACGGCGGGCGGGAGAGCUGGAGCUAUGAUAUC